AAUUUGCCACGAAACUAGCUCAACAAUGUGGGCAAAUAAUUCUUGAAGCGUCAAAAACAAGACAUACCACUGGUAAUAAAGUAUUUGAAAAAUUUGGUCAACAGCAAAUCAAAACUGAAAGAAAAAUUUCCGGAUCAUAUGUACAGUUUAUCGGAGAAGAGACAAAAGCCGCUGGGAAUAAUUAUGAAUUUACAAAUAAACCAACAUGGAUUAUUGAUCCAAUAGAUGGAACAACUAAUUUUGUUCAAGGAUUUCCUUUUGUUGCCGUCUCAAUUGGACUAACUAUCAAUAAGGAACCCGUUGUUGGUGUUGUGUUUAACCCAUUCCUCAAUGAACUAUUCACUGCUCGUAAAGGUCAUGGCGCAUUUUUAAAUCAUACAAUUAGACUUCCAUUAUCCCAUCCAUAUCCUCCGUCGGUGCUCCCAUCUAGUCUUUCUCAAUGUUUGGUAGCUUACGAAUAUAGUGCAACCAGAUCCGAUUUGAUCCUUAAUAAAAAGAUUAGUUCAGUGCAUAAUUUGUUAAGAUCACCUGGAAAAGUUUCUUGGAGUUCCAAAAAAGCUGGUGCGGUACGCGGUGUUAGAUGUUUAUGUAGUGCUGCUCUGAGCAUAUGUUAUUUGGCCAAAGGUUGUUUAGAUAUUCAUUAUACGAAUGCUUGGGAAUGGGAUGUGGCGGCAGCUCUUGUUAUUCUU